AUGGCAGAAGAUAGUAAAAAAAAGUAUACAAAAUAUGAUAUUCUAAAUGAAGUGGUUAUUAUACGACGAGGUAUAUUAAUAGCUCAGGAAGAUCUUCAGAAAUAUGAAAUUGGUGUUGCAUCAGCAAAUAAAGCUUUUCAAUCGACAUCAAAAUCAAGAGGAGUUCCCUCAAAUUUUGCACAUAAGAGAACACGCAAUCCAGAUGAAGGCCCUAUUAUUAUUGUUUACACAUUUUUUGAUUCAAAAUCAACACUCGAUAUUACAUCGAUAUCGAUAUAUCCAGACGAAGAAGAAGUACUCAUGCUACCAAGUACUUAUUUCACAGUGCAUCGUAUCCUUAGAAAUAAAACAGAAUACGAAGCUCAUCUUCUACAAUUAUCGAUCGAUGAUUAA